AUUUUAUUGGAGUUUUUCGCUCAAAUUAAAAUAUACAUACAUUCAGCUAGUAUUUAGGACUUGGAUAAUUCAAAAAUAAAUAAACAGGUACCUGACGAUUUACAUAGCAAAAUGACCCCCAAUAGCAACUGUGCCGUUUAAAAUAUAGUGACUAGAGUAAAGGUAACAAAAUUAGAGAAUAAAAACAGAAAAAAAUGUAAGCAAUCUGUUUCGUACAUUUCACGAAAUGAUAUUUAAUUAUGGUGUUACACUUGAUUUUGAACUGUUAAUAAACAAUCAGCUACUAUUCUGUUGUAUGUAGAAAAACAAGAUGUAGUUUUACGUUGGUUUUCUCUUUCUUUUUACAACAGCUCAAAUAAUUGAGCCUGCUAUUUUUUUAAAUAAGUAGAGCCAUGUACACAGCAGAGCAGACGAAUUUUUGUUAACAUGUAUCAUGUUACCGCUGCACGGCGCUGAUCAAUAUUCAUGUAUGCAUACUGCAGCAAGAAAACCGGUUGGUAAUUCUCUACUUUGUUAUGGUUUUAUGAACAUGUAUAUGGCUGACAUGUACCUUAAAAAAUAGAACAAAGAUCAACAAGGAAACAAUCGUGGAACAGUCAUACCUUCUGCGGAGGAAAAGUGUGCUUUCAACUAUAUUUGUAAACGAAACUGUUGUCAGGAAAAAGUCCAUGGGAAGAAUAAACUCUGCACAGAUGAGUCUAUGAAAAUAUCAAAAUGUUAAAGGCGGUUUGCUAUACAAGGCCUUCAAAUAUUAACCACUGCUCUUUCCUUUCAAUAGCAAAUAGAGCAUAUAGAACGUAUGGAGUUUUAUGUGGUAGACGACCGAGCAGGCGCCGCUGGAAGGAGCAAAACUGGAUACUCACAAAUAUCCGGAAAGUGAUGAAAGAUUGUGGUACAGAAAGCGAGCAAAAGAAUGUCCAAAGUCAAAUAGAUAAAUCGUCAUUUUUCUCAAAGGUAUCUGGUCGUAUGUCUGUAUUAAGUAAAACAUGGAGCAAAAUAUUAAAUGGAAGGAACUUAUUUCCGCAAUCUGCAUUUAUGAUGGUCAAAAGAUCUUUAGAUACAGAAAAGUCAUCAUUUGAUCUAAAGCCACAAGACGAAGUUGAACGAAAUGGAUCAAAAUAUGAAGACGCGUUUAAUGCACUUUUAAUUGCAUUUUCUGAACAAUCAAAGGAACAAGAGAAUGAUAAAGAGAUUGUAUGCAGUUCCAAUCCUGUUCAUGAACAUACAUUGCAUUCCCCGUUUAGCAAUUGCCCUACAUUACAGCAAGAACAGCUCAAUGAACUUACGAUAGUUUAUGAAGAAACUAUCAAUAAAUCUUUAGAGGCAACUAAUGAAGAUAUUGAUACUUCAGUUGUUUUAAUUUCGGGAUUAAUAAAGGAAAGUCGCUAUCGUCAACAAGUUCGUUCUCGUAAACGUUUUAAUAUUCGCUUUCCAUUUGGUGGGUCACUGAUGAGAAUAAGGCGUUUCUUUGAUGAGUCGUAUUGGAAGACACGUAAAAUACUUCGGCAGAAGACAGAUGCUGCGUAUAAAGAUAUUUUAGACAAUCUAUUUUCAGUUGAUGAACAAGAAAUGAUGCGAAUGAUAAUAAAAGAAAGGUUAAAUGAGCAGAUCUCAAGAGGUAAUGAGUUUCAAGACAAAAAAAGGCAUACGAAAAGGGAAAACGCCGACGAAGCUGCAAAGGAGAUAUUGAAAAAUAUUAUCCGAGGAGUAAUGAAGACUGAAUUCAUGAAAAUAAAGAUACGAUACUUGUAAAUGAGAAGUCGAGGCAAAAAGAUUCAGACAGCUGGUGGAUGUUUGAUGUGUUUUCACAAAAUGACAAAUCUGAAAGCUCAGAAAUUUCUGUGCUUAGCUCACAGUUAUACAUACUUCUUUUUCAUGCCAUGGUUGAGGAUUUAUACAAUAUAGGUCACAUGAUCCUAGGCUACUGUCUAACAGUCUUAAAUCUUGUCCUUGCUAUUUUAUUAGAGUUAUUAUCCCAUCUUUCAAAUUAUAUCAUAUUUGUCAUUGUUCUAUUUAUUUUGGUGUUAACUGCAUAUUAUUUACUGAUCCAAAGUUCAAAAACCAAGUAUGAAAGAAGCAACUCUAGUGUAGUAAGCACACUUUCAGAUGGAUCGUUUGGAGCAAACAGUAGCUGUGAUAGUGAGUUAGAUAGUUCUGUAAAAUAUUACCGUGGUAACAGAAAGUACUUGAAAUUAUUGAGACGUUUGCUGUUUGUAGCUGUACUGUUAACUAUACCUUGGGAGUUUAUCAGAUUAUACCAGUCAGCUGUUGCAGAAAAAGUGGCAUUAAUGACUGCUGGAACUCCAGUAGAAUGUAUACCUCAUCAAAUGACACCUUGGCAUAGUUUGAAAUCCUGGUGGCGAACACAAUUUUCAUGGAUGGCUUCAGACCCAUGUUACCAAUACCAUAAAGCUUUACUAGUUGAUCCGUUAUGGGAAGUUACUCCGUUAAAGGUAAUUUCAUCAGCAUUCAGCCACUGUGUAGUAUAUCCAUUUGAAGUGUUACUAGGAGGUUUUGGACGAGCAUUAAGACUGUUUUUUGCCGAGAUACCAGCACACUGGCAGCCCUUUAUGUUCAUUGCACUUGUCAUUUUUGGUAUUUUAAGUCUGGUUAUGGUAUUUGGGUACAGGAUCCAUCUACCUCUGUUGUUUAAGUUUGAGCCAAAGACACCUGUUAAAGUAAUAAAAGAAAGAAAAUCUUCAAGAGUAAAGAAUGAACCAAAAAGUAUACAACUACCCGAAAGAAGUAAAGAGAAAAAGAAUAUGUUGUUUUUCCGGAAAUCUCAAACAAAAAUUGCAAAGUAAUUUAUAAUUUACUGCCAGGAAAUACAAGUACAAACUGGCUACUUUAAAAAAAAAGCUUCAGGGAAUCAGUCACAUGUUGAUGGAAUGAAAACACAAACACGUUCUUAUGAAUCAUUUAAAUAAGUAAUUCAGGCUGUAUUGUUUUCUGAAAUAAGUAAUUAGAUGAUUUUAUGGAAGUAUCAUUAUCUACAAUUAUUUAAAUUUAAUGUCAAAAACAAAAUUCAAGUCUUCAAGUAUUGGAAAAUAAGUACACAAAUCUAUAUCUGAGGAAACUCUUGUUCUUGCUUAGACAAGUAUUUCACCCGUUUCUGUGAUCUUGACCUAAUGACCUCAAAUAAGGGUAUUCUAUAGGCCAUGGACAAUGUCCAUACACUAUACAGAUUGAUAAACUUGGGGUUAUCACUUCUCAAGUGUUUGAUCAGACAUGGAAUUUACACUGUGUCACUCUGACUUUGACAUUUGACCUUAAAAUCAAAAGUGGGUAUCUUCUGCUCAUGGACAAUGUCACUACAAAAUUAUUAUUUAAGGAACUUGGCCAAAUUCAUUCUCAAAAAACUUAUCGGACAACAGACAUGGAUAUUACACAUAGUGCCACUGUGAUCCUGACCUAAUGACUUAAGAAUAACAUGGUCUUGUUCUAGUAAUGACAAAAUCCUAGGACUGUAGACCAAAGUGUUGUCUGUUUAUGUUUGGAGAAGAUUUUAGUGGUGCAGGCAAAAGCAUUCUCUAAGACCACAGUGAUCACAACCUUUGUCAUUUCGGCCUACUGACCUGAAGAUCAAAAGGGACAAUCGCUUAAUGGUGUUUUUUUUUCACCUACAUUUUACAGCCAAAUAAAAGCUGUUUUAAUCCCAGCCAAAAUUAGGUAUAUUUUCCCCUAAAAUGCUAUAUUUUCCCCGGAAAUGCCCUGUGCACAUUCUUCACCAAAACCAUGACUUAACAGCAGCUGUCAUUUAACUUUAAUUGACUGAAAGCUGUCCAUAUAAAUAGCCUCAGCUAUGUACAAUGCAUGUUGAAUUGAAAAUUUUAUUAAAUGUGUUGAUAAAAUCCAUUUUCAGUUUUUUAGCUCGACUAUACGAAGUAUAUGGAGAGCUGUCCUACUCGCCCCGGCGUCCGCUUCCAGAUUUCAGAUUAAAGUUUUGGUGCAGUAAAAUAUUUUUAGUCCCCUACCGGUUUACCGGAGGGGACUUGAGGUUUACCCUCCGUCCGUCUGUCUGUCCGUCCGUCUGUCCGUCCGUCAGUCCGUCCGUCCACAAAACUGGAUCCCGCGAUAACGCAAAAAGUACUGAAAAUAUUUUAAUGAAACUUGAUAUAUGGAUAGAUGGCAGUAUGGAGAUUAUGCACGUCUUUUUCUUUUCUUCCUAUGUUGAAAAUUCUGGUUGCUAUGGCAACAAAUAGACUGAAAAUAUGGCAAAUUUUACACAUAACCUGGAUCCCGCGAUAACGCAAAAAGUACUGAAAAUAUUUUAAUGAAACUUGAUAUAUGGAUAGAUGGCAGUAUGGAGAUUAUGCACGUCUUUUUCUUUUCUUCCUAUGUUGAAAAUUCUGGUUGCUAUGGCAACAAAUAGACUGAAAAUAUGGCAAUUUUUACACAUAACCUGGAUCCAGUGAUAACACAAAAAGUACUGAAAAUAUGAUUAUGAAACUUGACAUAUGGGUAGAUGGCAGUAUGGAAAUUAUGCACAUUCUUUUUUAUCUUCCUAUGUUGAAAAUUCUGGUUUCUAUGGCAACAAAUAGACUGAAUUUCAAGAUUUCUGAUUCUAGUUUUUAAGUUUUCUCACUAUAAGUUCUUUAUUUCUUAAGGUAUUUUCUUCAAACUUUAAAUAUAAGUUGCUUGUCAUCAACCACAUCAUAUGUGACAAGGUUUACAACUCUAGCACAAAAUUUAUCAGAAUUACCUCCCUUGAACUUAAAAUUUUCAUGAAAAAAACAUUGUUUUUUUUAAUAACUUCUUUUUCUGAAUGUAUCUACUUCAAACUUCAUAUAAAUGUUUCUUAUUGUCACACAACAUUUGUGAGUGUUCAAUGCUCUAGCAAGACUAUUUCCAGAAUUAUGCCCCUUUUGAUCUUAGACUUUUUUUUGAGAAAUUGGUAAUUUUUACUCCAACUUCUUCAAUCAUGAUAGGAUUUUAAAAAUGUUAUAUUUUGAUAACAGGGAUGUUUAAAAAAUAACUUUAGAGUGUCCUUCAGUCCGUCUGUCUGUACAUAAAAACUGUUUCCUGUGAUCACUUUUAAAGAACUUUUUCAACAAAUUUACUUAAAAUAGGAACCUAAGUGAAUGGCCAAUGGCCCUUCAGAAUGUUGCUUGGGCUCUUACCGGUAGGGGACUUAUGGAUUGCUUGCAAUACUAUGAUAAUUGCUUGUUCACUAUAACUUUGUCAUCUUAAGAUAUCAACUUCAAACUUCAAAUGUAUGUUCCUUAUCAUCAACCACAUCUUAUGUGACAAGGUUCAUAACUCUAGCACCAAUAUUUUCAGAUUUAUCUCCCCUUGAACUUAGAAUUUUCCUUAAAAAAUAUUAUUUUUUACUGUUACUUCUUUUUUUCUUAAGGGAUCAACCUCAUACUUCAAAUAUAUGUACCUUAUCAUCAUCCCCAUCUUAUGUGACAAGGUUCAUAACUUUAGCACCAAUAUUUUCAGAUUUAUCUCCCCUUGAACUUAGAAUUUUCUUUAGAAAAUAUUAUUUUUUACUGUAACUUAUUUAUUUCUAAAGGGAUCAACUUCAUAAUUCAAAUAAAUGUACCUUAUCAUCAUCCACAUCUUAUGUGACAAGGUUCAUAACUCUAGCACCAAUAUUGCAAGAAUUAUUUCCCCAUCAACUUAGAUUUUUUUACUAGAAAAAUGUUAUUUUUUACUAUAACAUUUUUAGUUUUAAAGGUAUCUACCUCAAACUUCAAAUACUUAUUCCUUAUAAUCAAAUAUAUUUUAUGUGACAAUGUUCAUAACUCUUGAAGUAAUUUUUACAGAUUUAUUUCUCUUUGAACUUAGGAUUUUCUUUAAGAAAUAUUAUAACUUUGUUACUUUUUAAGGUAUCUACUUCAAACUUCAAAUAUAUACUUCUUAUCAUUACAUACAUGUUGAGUGACAAGGUUCAUAACUCUAGCGUGACUAUUUCUAGAAUUAUUUCCCUUGAUCUUGGAAUUUAUUUUAACAAAUGUUAUUUUUUUACUAUAACUUAAUACAUAAUUAUACAUAAUUGAUUUUUCUUUCAUAGUUUUGUCCUCCUUACUGCGUCCAGUAUUUUAUUUUUGUCGAGCUUGGCUGUCUCCUGUGACAGCUCUUGUUUAUUUUGAUUCAGUUUUUGUCCCUUUUCUGAUUUAUUGUGCAAUAUUUCCCAUUGAUCAGACAAAGGAGGUUUACAUACAGAUAGACCACAUCACUGUAUGCUCCAAGUUUUUAAAUGGUCACAGUAUGAGACAGC